CAAUGGCUGGAAGUUGGGGUUUGGGUCAGAUUUUGGCAGUUUGUGCUUUGUGUCAGAUUUUGGCAGUUUGUGCUUUGUGUCAUGCUGUUCCUCAGCGGAAUGAUCUGCCCCAGAACACUCAAGCUCUGAUGUUCCAGCAGACUGACCAGCAGUUUCAGAAGCCAGUUCAACAGCAAACUGACCAGUGGUUUCAGAAGCCAGUUCAACAGCAGACUGACCAGCGGUUUCAGAAGCUAGUUCAACAGCAAAUGCCAGUUCAAAAGCAAACUGACCAGUUGUUUCAGAAGCCAGUUCAACAGCAGACUGACCAGCGGUUUCAGAAGCUAGUUCAACAGCAAACGCCAGUUACACAGCAGACUGACCAGCGGUUUCAGAAGCUAGUUCAUCAGCAAACGCCAGUUCAACAGCAAACUGACCAGUGGUUUCAGAAGCCAGUUCAACAGCAGACUGACCAGCAGUUUCAGAAGCCAAUUCAACAGCAAACUGACCAGUGGUUUCAGAAGCCUGUUCAACAGCAAAUGCCAGUUCAACAGCAAACUGACCAGCGGUUUCAGAAGCCAGUUCAACAGCAAACGCCAGUUCAACAGCAGACUGACCAGUGGUUUCAGAAGCCAGUUCAACAGCAAACGCCAGUUCAACAGCAGACUGACCAGUGGUUUCAGAAGCCAGUUCAACAGCAAACGCCAGUUCAACAGCAGACUGACCAGUGGUUUCAGAAGCCAGUUCAACAGCAGACUGACCAGUGGUUUCAGAAGCCAGUUCAACAGGAGACUGACCAGCGGUUUCAGAAGCUAGUUCAACAGCAAAUGCCAGUUAAACAGCAAACUGAUUCAACAGCAAACUGA